CCAUUAAAACCUCACUCCAGCUACAAACAAAACACACGUUUCGCACUCCCGGAAACCUCCUCCGUCGCGAGUAUCAAUGGAGUCACGGGUGCUGUCACGCUCCGCCGCUAUCUCCGGCCUGCCUCCUCUCCGUAAACCGCCGCAAGAUGCCGGAAAUGUUUCGUUCAUAUCCAUGAGGUCAAUCGGAACCGUCGGAGAGGGAGGCAAUGUCAUUUGGGGCAGGCAGCUGAGGCCGGCUCUGCUUCUCGAUAGUUCACCUGUGGUAGCCAGUCUAUCAAUCGGAAAACGCGAGAUUCUUCGUCCAAGCCUCGCCGCUGCCUCCUCUCCUGCCGAGGGGAAUGAUUCCGCCGGGGAAAAAAUCGCUCCGGUUGGAUUCUUUAACAAGUAUCCGGCCCUUGUCACUGGCUUUUUCUUCUUCAUGUGGUACUUCCUGAACGUGAUAUUCAACAUCAUUAACAAGAAGAUUUACAAUUAUUUCCCCUAUCCUUAUUUUGUGUCCGUUAUUCACUUGUUUGUUGGAGUGGUUUACUGUUUGGUGAGCUGGGCUGUAGGUCUCCCUAAGCGAGCUCCCAUUGACUCGAAACUCCUGAAGCUGUUAAUCCCUGUUGCUGUAUGCCAUGCAUUAGGCCAUGUGACUAGCAAUGUCUCAUUUGCAGCAGUUGCUGUCUCGUUCACCCACACUAUUAAAGCUCUUGAGCCUUUCUUCAAUGCUGCUGCAUCCCAGUUCAUCCUUGGACAAUCUAUCCCCUUCACUUUAUGGCUUUCCCUUGCUCCUGUCGUGAUUGGUGUGUCCAUGGCAUCACUGACUGAGCUGUCAUUCAAUUGGACGGGCUUCAUUAGUGCUAUGAUUUCCAACAUCUCUUUCACUUACAGGAGCAUAUAUUCCAAGAAAGCCAUGACCGAUAUGGACAGCACCAAUGUCUAUGCUUAUAUCUCCAUCAUUGCUCUUUUUGUCUGCAUUCCUCCUGCUAUCAUUAUUGAGGGUCCUCAAUUGAUGAAGCAUGGAUUCAGUGAUGCAGUUGCUAAAGUUGGCAUGACCAAGUUUAUCUCUGAUCUCUUUUGGGUGGGAAUGUUUUACCAUCUUUACAAUCAGCUGGCUACAAAUACAUUGGAGCGAGUAGCACCACUUACUCAUGCAGUUGGCAAUGUGCUGAAACGUGUGUUUGUGAUUGGCUUUUCAAUCAUCAUCUUUGGAAACAAGAUUUCAACACAGACUGGUAUUGGAACAUGCAUAGCAAUUGCUGGUGUAGCAAUCUACUCUUUCAUUAAGGCCAAGAUGGAAGAAAAUAAACGACAAAUGAAAGCAGCAUAAGAUGAAAAGUAUGGGAGCCACUAGGAGAUUGCGGGUGUAAAGUUUGAUGUCUUUACAGUACCUCCUAAAGAUAAAAGUGAAUGUUGAAUACCCUGCUAUUGUUGUUGUUAAUCUAUUUUUUUGAUCAAUUUUCCAAAUUCAAAGAAACAGACAAUUGCUGAUUUGCAAUUAGCUUGUGUCAGACUUUGAAUAAUGCAUCACUUAUUCU